UCUCUCUCUCUCUCUCUCUCUCUCUCUCUGUCCUGCAGGGCAGUCGGUGUCGAUCGCCCCGACAUUCUGAGUUUGAACUCAAACGGGAUCAGACUACUGAAGUUCCUCUGAAACGGCUCUGACGGAUCAGAAGAGGGUUAGAGAAUUCUGGGUAAACUUUACUGUCAACGGAAACUAACUGACCAACAACCACAGAGACUAAACCAGGACCAGAGACUGGACCAGAGCCUGGACUAGGACCAGAGACUGGACUCUGGAGGACCUUUAAAGAAGUCUGAACCUGAAUCCUGUCGGACCAGAUCCAAAAGACCUGAGACAAAAGGAAAGUUUAAAGUAUGAGCAGUGGACUGGACGGAGGAGGAGGAGAAGGAAGAGGAGGAAGAGGAGGGAUGCUCUUCCUCAGCUCUCACCGCUGUCCUGAAGUCGACCUGCUGCCUCAUCCCGACUCAAAGACUCAGAUCCCUCCACCCCGUUCCCUAGUUCCUGCUGAGAGGAGCCACGCAGGUUGGUCUGAGCAGGCUUACCUGUCCACCUGUCGCUCUGCGGGGGAGGAUGGGGAGGGGGAGGGGAGCGUCAGCGAGUGGUCGGAGGAGGAUCUCUCCCUCCACUUCUCUCCCUCCAUCAUCCUCCAAUCAGACGAUGAGUCAGAUCCAGAGAGUGGCUUCGAGUGUGUCGAUGUUACCGUGGAAACACAGGUGAAUGGCCCGGAGGGGGUGGGGCUAAAGAUGGUCCCGAAGCGCCUGAUUCAGCUGAAGAAGAAAGACGUGGUGAACGCCGCUGAAGGAGGAGGAGCUGACGAGGAACUGUCGGCCAAUGAGCUACUCCGUCCCCGCCCUGAUCUGUUUCUACGGCAACAUAGUAUGCCGGCCGCCCUCCCCCCGAGCAGCAGUGAUGUGGACGGCUGCAGCGUGUACAGAAGCCUGGUGGCCGUGGCCCCCCAAGGGUGUAAUGGAGGAGACUCGGCUCCAAGGCAGCGGCUACAGAAGUCCUUCUCUCUAGACGAAACUAAAACCAAGAUGGCGUCCUGCAUCAUUAAGAGCAUUCUGUCUAAGAAGAUGCAGGUGGAGCAGAACAACUCCACUUCCUGUCUCCCUCCCCAGACGGUAAGGGAGGGGGGAGGGGGGAGAGAUGUGAGGAGUUUAGUUAAAAACACCCACAGCCCCCCCCCCUCCUACCAUCAGGCUGUGGGGGUCAAAGGUCACUCUGAUCCAGCAUUAGUCACCGCCUCCAGAGGCCACGUUGCCAAGGUCGCUGCGUCUCUCAGCCAAUCACAGGACAGGAAACAAAGCGGCAAAUUCAGUCGUCCAAUCACGCAGCAGAGACGAGGCAGCGAGUUGAAAAUCAGUGGAGGUAAAGUGGAUGAUGUCAGCCAAUCAGAGGCCCCCAGAUACAGCUACGUGCACACCCCCAGAGCUACCUGCAGCCCCCCCUACCUGUUCCCACCCCCAGAGCUACCUGCAGCCCCCCACCUAGCUACCUGCAGCCCCCCCCCACCUGUUCCCACCCCCCAGAGAUACCUGCAGCCCCCCCCACCUGUUCCCGCCCCCCAGCGGCUGAAGACCUCUGAGGAGAACCGCUCCGCCCGGCCGGGUCCCUUCAUCAGGACCGCUGGAGACUGGGAUCGCCACGGCAACACGCCGACACCUGCCACACAUGGUCACCACGGCAACACACCGACUGCUGCCACACACGAUCACCACGGCAACACGCCGAAACCUGCGAUACACGAGCAGAUUCGGCAACUCCAGCAGCAGGCGUUCCUGUGUUUCCUGCCAGCACAGGGGGGAAGUGAUGUCACAAGUUCUGGGGCGCUCCUCCGUGGCCCCGCCCCAUGUGGCCCCGCCCCCUGUCACAUGAUGCUGGACCCUCAGAGUGGGCGGUGCUUCUACGUGGACUCAGCUCCCCCUCCUCAGAGAAAGGUGCUGCUGGACCCCGAGACCGGGCAGUUCUUCCAGGUGUUUCUACCUGCAGACACCAAGCCUGGCGUGUUCGCCGUGCGCUGUGCUAACUCCGCCCCCACUAUGAUAGGCCCCGCCCCCAAUGUGAUAAGCCCCGCCCCCGCCGUCCUGUCGGUGGUGCAGUUCCAGCCAAUGGUCGCCGUGUCCUCGCUGUAUGCCCCCCCCUGCCUCGCCUUCACCCUACACACACCGUCAGCACCCUGA